CACGAAAGUCAAACUGAAAAGGCAGUUGGACAGGAAAAAGUGAAGCACAGUAGAUAACAAAACCGUCCUGUACUUGCUCCUCCAAGGACUUUUGGAAACUAAACUCUUAAACAGAGGUGGUGUAAAUCAUUCUGCUGACUGCAGCAGGUUGGAUCGGAGCCACACUGAGAGAAAAAAGUGGAUGGACAGUUCAGGUAUGUCUCGGCGGGUGGUCCAGGUCCAGCCGGAGAGCAGGGAUCAUGAGGCAGGUCAGUGGAGCACUGGCCUGUGUGAGUGCCAUAAAGACAUAGGGGACUGCUGCUUUGCCCUGUGCUGCCUCCCAGUAUUCACUUGCAAGGUGACCAGUGCGGUGGGGGCGUGUCCCUGCCUGCCUCUGCUGGACUGUAUUGGCUGUGUGCCGCCGGCCGCUCUCGCCAUGAGGGCUUCUGUCAGAGAACGAUAUGGUAUACAGGGGAGUGUGUGGAGCGACUGCCUGUACGGAUGCUGCUGCUAUCCGCUAUCCUGGCUCCAGAUCUCCAGAGAGCUGAAAAGGAGAGCAGCAACCCACGCCUCCUCCUCCUCCUCCUCCUCAUCGGCCAGAUCCACGGCUCUGACCUCCCUGCAGGGGGCGCACUUGGUCUAGACACCAUCCACCACUUUUCUUCAGCAGUCCUCCAGAGCCCAGGAGUUGAUUUAAUCACACUUCCUUCAGUCUACAGCCGCUCCCUGUUACCUCUGAGAAUUCAGCAGGGACACAAUGUGUCCCACAGAGAGGAAAGUUCAGUUUGUCCAAAGAUGAAGUAAAAGAACUGUGAUAAAAGCAGGGGUCAUUAUGCAAGUUAGCUUGGGGCAUCAAUCAUCUUAUUUGUUUAGAUUCUUUUGGUGGUGGAAAGUAAUCAAGUACAUUUACUCAAGUAGUUAGAUACUUUACUCAUGAAUCCUAUUUGAAUGCAAUAUUUUCACUUUGUUCAUAUCAAUUGUAGGCUAAUGUUAGUAUCAUGAUAUUUACCACACUAAGCAAUAGCUAACUACAUUUACAAUUAAGAUUUUACACACCCAUGUGAAAUGUAUAUAUAAAUAUGCAAUUUAUUGUUACAGUUCAUUCUUCUGAUUCCUAAAAAACACAACAGACCUAGCAGUCCCACAAAGGAUUUAUCCUCUAACAUGGUUUUAUCUGAAUAAUUAUUUGACUCCCAAAAGUUACAAAAACUCCAAUAUUUCCCAAAAGAGCAAAAGUUAAGACACAUUUUCAACAGGAUAGUGCAUACCUCUACCAGUCCCCUUUAAUUUGAUUAAGACGCACCAAAUUCCACACACUCAUAGACUUUAGCUACCUAAAUAUGCCUUUUUUCCCCAUCAAGAUCCAUGAAUUAUUCCCUGGUAAAACAGUGAAAAUGUUGAAACACACCUUGCAACAUAAAAGAAAAAUUCCUGGAUCUGCCCCCUGAUCCAGAUCUGCACCACAAAUGUAAGGGGGUCCUCUCUGACACUCACCACAUCCCUUCACCAAGUUUCAUGGAAAUCAUUUUCUGUUGUUUUUCAGUAUUAACAAACAAACUGACAGGGGUGAAAACUGAGUUAAAAACGUGAAUGGAUUUCAGAGGCCAACCUAUUUUUUCCACUCACCACUGACCUUACUUACUCAUCUCUUUAUGCAACUGGUUUUGUGUUUUAUUCCUGAGUUCAUUUUUGUUGGCCUCUUCCUUUGAAUCGCUAUAUUUGCUUCGCAUUCGCGUAUGUGUGACCGAGCUCUUAGAAUCAACCAAGGGAGAUUGGUUGGUUUUUAAAUGCGCUACCAAUCUCUCCCAUCUAACCUCAAUGAGGUUUCUAUCUGAGGAUCUGUGAAUUGUCAUGUUUUUGUGUUCCAUUGUCUUCCUACAGAAAUAAAAACUCAGAUCUGGAAACAUUUAAUAAAGGUUAAACAGACAAGGGUGAAAACAAAACUUGAAUCCAGGCAAAUGGCAGCGGCAACAACAGGAGAAUGACGGAGAACAUUCAAACGAAAGCUC